UGCAUGCCCAUGACAUAUCAGCUGGAACGAAAAUAGUGUGAACGAGGCUUUGGAUUGCUUUGAAACAACAUGGCGAUUUGUAAAUGAAAGGGCCUCCGUGUUGGCUAUAUCCUUCUUCGAUGCCGCCGUGGUCCAGGCAGGCUGCACAAAGCAGUUCUGCACUUACUGUCUCUGUCGAAAAAGUGUUCUUUUGCCGACGACCAAAUGCCUGAGAGAAAGAGCAGACACACUGACAAUGGAGCGGCGGAGCGCGAUGAGGCGACUGCUACUGAGCAACCUGCCGCUGCACAUACAACUGCUACAAGGGGACGUGGUACAAAAAGACCACGGCGUGUUGUCAGCCCUGUCCAAGCUCCUGCACAGACUGGUGCUGAAAGUCAAGCGAAACGCACCAAGCGUAGUAGUGCCGUAUGGUCAGUGUUGGCUAAGGACUCUUUCUUCCAGGCAGUGUGCGAUCAUGGCAGAGACUUUGACCGUAUCCAGGCGUACAUGGCACGUCAGGGCAGGGCAGAGGACUCAUCGCAGGCCUCCAAAAACAAAGACCAGGUGCGGCACAUGUACUACCGCACCUGGACCAAGGUUCAGAAGAUGUUCCUGCGUGGCGGAACCCUGCAUGAGCUGAGGCGUGGCGGCAAGGCUUCCGAUUCCUCAUCCAAUGCUGCAGCGGCUGCUGCCGCUGCCAUGGCUGCUGCUAACGCUGCUAGUUCAGCAGCAGCAGCAAUGGCAACGGCAGCAGUAUCAACGUCUGAGCCGUCUCCGGAAGCGACCAGGCCAGUAGACGAGGCUAAUAACACAUCAUCGCCUACCAACUCGGACAAACAAUCUCAGGAAGAUCACGAUGGCUCGUCUUCACCUUCUACAGUCAAUGGUGUGUCAGCCAGUACCACUGCAGCUCCAGUGUCCACAGCGGCUGCUUCUGUUGUCACAACAAAUGUGCCCACGACAGUCCCCGGUACGAAGACAGCUGUAGCAGCAGCUGCGGCAGCGGCAGCAGCUGCCCAAGCCACCGAGCGUGCACGCAGCUACAUCCACGACACCAAGAACAGCGAUCUUCUGAUAAUGAUCGGCUUUGCAAAGCUGCGCAAGCGUUGCAGUAAGAGUGGUGACAAGUUUGCCUCGAAACUCUAUGAAAUCGUCACGUCUGGGUCCACUCACAUCCGUGACAAGCAUAAGCAACGCAAUGUCAGGAUCAGAUUCCCAAUGUGCCGUGCCCUGCGUCAACCAGCUGCAGCCACUGAGGGCCAGUCUUCGAAUCAAGGUGAUGGAGCCGUAGAAGAACGGAUACCACUGCCACCGCUGUUAGCUCUAGAGCUUGUCCCACACCGAUCUGCAGAAUGGACGCUAGUGCAAAGCAUGUCAUUCAAUCCACGCAUCAGGCUUACAGUGGCACCGUCCAAGCCUCUGUGCGCCGUUCUGUCCUUUCUGCAACACCGCUUUCAGCUGAGUACCAUGAUCCAUAAAUUAUCCGAAGACGAAUGCGUUCACCUGUAUACAUCGACGGAGGACGUUUGCUCGCUGCCGCUUGCUGGCGCUGCGGCACUGUCGGCAGCAUCGGAGGUGCCCGCAUCCUCGCCGACGACAUGCAGUGUGUCAGCAAUCGUAUGUAGCUCGCCAUCGUCGACUUUGGCCAUGUCACUUGCUGCUCCAAGCAGCCCAGCGCAGCCACCGGCGGUCAGCACUGAGGCCUCUCCGCACACUUCAUGUGCAGCUCUUCCCACAUCUUCUCACUCGAAUGCGUCAUCACCGCACGAGCUCACAAGUGCCACAACGGAAACGGCUACUGCCGUGGACGUUCAGCCAGCUGUAGAGAAUUGUGAGAAGGCGCAGGAAACCAUUCGGUGUGACGGCAGCCCUGCUUCAUCUGUAGCCAGUGUCGUUACCAGCACAGCACCGAGCGUAGCUGCUUCUAGUCCUGCAUCAAACAGCAGUGAAGUGCAGUGUGUUGCAUCUGAAAGUAGUGCUUCUGAUGGUUCUCAGAGCAGUUUGCCGAGUAUUGCUGUAUGCUCGGCCUGUGUUGAAUUGGGUACUAGUACAUCACUAACAAUGGCUAACAGUGCAUCAUUGACUGUGACGUGUGCAUUGACCUCUUCUAGCGUGAUGAUGUCACCGGCCAUGUCAGUGCUGGAAGCGCGCGAUUGCCAAACCCAUGGCGAGGCGACGCCGAGCUGUUCCACCUGCGCCUCUUCUCCGCCGGCCUCCCCAGCGGGUGCAAGUGUUGCGUCUUGCUCGUCCACUGUAGUGACCGCAUGUACUGCCUCGCCCAUUACUGUGUGUUCUGCAGCUCAUCCGUCCAGUGUAGACAGUGGAAUAGCAGUUCCCACUGUGAGUGUGGACUUGCCAAUGGACAUCACCGCUACUAACUGCGGCAACAACCAAAGCAGCAGUAGUGCUGACAUUCCCAUGGACACUUCACCUGCUGGCGGUGAACGGUUGGAAACCGAGUCAAAAGACCCGCUGCCUUCGUCUUGCCAGUCUGAUGUGAGCACAUCACCCAGGAGCUCACUGGAUCUUGUAUCUGCUGUAGCAACUCAGACUGAGUCGACGGUAGCUUCUACAGGUAUUUCACCCACGGCGGCUCACACUCCCCAAACCCUCUUGAUCACACUGCCAGCGCCACCGUCAGUACAGCAGCAGUCUGCAUCUAAUGCCAGCUCUCCACUCACGGAGGAGUGCGCGACGCCUCUAGAACAGGAGGCUGCUCGCGGCCUGAUGAACUUAAUUAAUCGUGGCCUGACGGAGAAAGGGAAAGAAAGGUCUCCCACAGCAUCCAGCACAGCGGCCCAAAGCCCAAGCUCAUCGGCCACCAGUGCAUCUCAUGCUACUACCACAGUGGCAGAGUCCAAGCCUAGCCACACGGCUGCAGCUGGCUCUGCAAGUAGAGAAGUGGAGAAACUGCGCCAGCGCACGGCCUGGUCUUUUGGUAAUUGUGACGGCCUGACUGUGGGAGAUAUCUAUGAGAAGCUGGAGCGGCCAAGCACGUUCCGUCUCUCGUACAGGCUUCCCCUUCCGCCAGAGCUUGCUCAGCCGGAUGAGACCGCAUCCCUCCGCCUGGCGAGCAAAGCCUUCCGCAAACUUGAGAUCCUGAAGAGGGCUAAGUGUGUGAGGAGUGUAGGCACGCAGACCGAGACGACGGAGAAACCGAAAACAACGGAAGCAAGCACGGGUGGUGUGAUUGUGCCGGGACUGACUCCAGCUCAGGCUGUGGAGGCUGCGGCUAUGUACCUGCGCCACCUCAGCUCCACUUCUAACAAGACGGCGGCAGCGGCACUGGCGGCAGCAGCUGCAGCACCGGGUCCAAAGAGGGCCCUUAUGGCUGGACUGGCACCCAUCAAUCAGCCGUCAUCCAAAGAAAGUACACCGUGCACAGAAGUUCCGUUUGUCAUGUCACGUGCAUCAAGUGGCCAAAUGCCGCCACCUUCACAGCACCUGCUGCAGAGACGCCGUGUUGCACCUCUGCGGCCGAGCAGAACCGUUCUUCCCCGGGCGCAAAACAUGUUCUCAGGAUCUGGAACUACGCUAGCCAAUCUGCCUCAGCUGAGCAUGCGCAUCGUCGGCAGCCAGGCCACUACAGCGGGAACCACCACUGCCACUGCUUCUGCCGCCGUGCGUGUUUCAGCGCCGUCUCGCCGCCUCCUAACCGGCCGUGCUGCAGCAGCUACUGCUAGUAGUACUGGUGGAAAUGCUGCUAGUAGUGCGGCCGGUACCGUGGCCAUGGGAAACAGUCGUGUCAGCCGGCGCAAGCAAACCCUGCCCUCUUCCUCGGUGAUGCACUCCUCAGCUGAUACUGCUUUGGCUGCUGGCAUGGCUUCGCUCGUGUCCAGUGCUCAGAGUCCGAACAAAGCAAGCGCCCCCGUCACAACUUCAGUUCCUGUUAGUGCUGCUAGUGCCGAACGUACUCCUGCAUCGCCAGCGCCGCCGUUAGCUGCAUCCAAUUUAGUUGACACACUGCUCAUGAAUCGCAGCGAGGUGCCCAGCGAGCGUCCGAUCACCGUCAACUCCGAUUCGUUCUCGGACCUGUUCAACAUGUGCAGCAUGUCCCCUGCGCCAGCCCUGUUGUCCAUGCCGUCAACUCCUGCCGCUCAGCUAGACAAAGACGAUGUGGACGAUGCCAGUGCCGAUGCGCUGUCAGGGCAGCAAGCAUCAGAGUCGCAGGCAGGCACACCGCCGUCUCCAGCAUCGUUAGACACAGAAACUGCUGGUGAUGUGAAUCCUACUGCAAUGUCGAACACAAGUAGUAGCAGCAGCAGCAAUGGUCACACUGCUCGUGCUACCAGACCCAGCUCCCCUGGUGGUGUCAGCACGUGCAGUUCUUUAGACAAUCAGCAACAAGAAUGGCUUCAGUCGGAGCUGGCUGACUUCUCCAUGUCCGGCUUUCCUGACUCCGCAGCACCCGAAGAAGAAGAAGAAGAAGAAGAAGAAGAAGAAGAAGAAGAGGAAGAAGAAGAAGAAGAUUCACCACCAGAAGCUAUGGAGUCAGAUGAGCCUUUGACCGAUGUGAAUGCGUCUAUUGCGUCGAGGUACUCUGUUGAUACGAUGGAAUCAGCGCUGAGGACCAUGAUGGACGAGAACAGUGUUGACUUCAUCAGCCGUUUCUCUGAUCUAGCUGGCAGUCUUGACGGUGGAGCCACACCUCGGCACCUGACUGACUUCUCUCUUUAGCAGCAUCUGCCAUAUUUUCCCCUCAGCCGCCACACUUUACCAAGUAAGGCGUUUCUAUUUUAUCAUUUCUUUUUUUGUUCUCCAAGCUACUUUCCCCUGCUGAUUUAACCAUGCUGUAUGCACUUGUAGUGCAAUGUGUUGCUAACGGUGUUGCGUUCCCCCUCCCAUUGUCUUGUAGUGUCCUGUGCGUUUGUGCUUGUGAAGGACUUUUAGCCGAUCACGGUGAGUGUAUGCAUCUUUCACAGCCCUACCCUCUCCCACGCCAUCUAGUCUCUACCUGUCUUUCUUUAUCUCUCUGUCUCUUCAUCUCUGUCUUUCUCUCUCUGCUUGUCUCUGUCUCUCUGUCUCUCUGUCUCUCUCUGUCUCUCUCUGUCUCUCUCUCUCUCUCUGUCUCUCUCUCUCUCUCUCUGUCUCUCUCUGUCUCUGUCUCUCUCUCUCUCUCUCUCUCUCUCUCUCUCUCUCUCUCUCUCUCUCUCUCUCUCUCUCUCUCUCUCUCUCUUUCCCUCUCUCCCUCUCUGUCUCUGUCUCUUUCUUUCUUUCUCUCUUUUUCUACCCACUAUCAAUCCAGCAGUCUAUCAAUCUAAAUUGUCUUGAUCUCCUUUUUAGUGUAUGUGUGCACGUGUAUGCGUGUGCACCUGCCUGCUGUUUCUUAGACAGCAUUGAGCCUACAGAGCAGCCGUCGGUCUGUGCAGAUCUCCUGUUUGUAAUCAACCUUUCUCUCGCUGCAGGCAGUUGUGAGUACCUUGCUUUGCCGCCCGUCAUGCUUUACUGAUAUUCUUCUUCCGACACACUAUCCAGAGUUCAUGGAUAUUUUUAUAGUGCCGACUUACUUAUCUACAUGCCUCGAGCCUUUGCGCCCAGAGGGUUUCGUAUUGAUUUAAUUUUCUUACCAAGUGGUCUUCAAA